AUAUAUAUAUAUAUACACUGUAAAACCGGGUAGUUCAUUUAACUCCAAAAAUUUGAGGAAACUAAUUACCUCAAAAUGUUUACGUUGAUAAAUCAAUUCCUUUAAAAGCCAAAUACACUUAAAUAGAACAAAAAUUGACCAAAAAAAAAACAAAAAAAACAAACUUUGUAAUUUAAAAUAAAUUUUUGUUAUGUUUAAGUGUAUUUGGCAAUUAAGGAAACUGAUUGAUCGACUUUUGAGGUAAUUAGUUUCCUCCCAUUUUUUUUGGAGUUAAAUGAACGUACCGGGUUUCACGGUGUAUACGUGAGAGUCUAGACACAGUAUCGAGUCUGAUCUUUAUUUGGCUCGGAUUGUGUCUACUUUGUAAUGACUUGCCCUUUUAGUAUUUGUUUGCCUGCGCUGUAAACUGUACCAAAGCAUUAAUUAAAGCGUCACACGCUCUGUGACACGCUCCCCCGGGUGUUAUUUAUCCGAGACGCGUCAGAGAAGGUUGAAAGAACGGAACAGCUUCGUUGCAAAAGCGGCGUUUGUUUGUACAGCAUUCGAAUCACCGCAGUGCUUUUCAAAGCACACUGUAGAUUUGUGUGUUUGCUGCUUGUGGUUUUACUGAAGACGUACGCUCGAGCGCUUGUGUGUGUGUGUGUGUGUGUGUGUGUGUGUGUGUAAAAUGCAUGUGUAAAGUGGAACACAAUCACAAACAGGAUCAAGCCGCUAAAAACAACAACAGCGGGGUGUAUUUCUGUCCUUGUUGCCUUUGGUACGUGCGUCUCGAUAUGACCUGUAAGAAAAACAUGCCUCUGUUUUCAGUGUCGGAGCCUCGUGGAGACGCGAGCGGUGAAGAGGAACACAUCGAUGUUUGCGAGGAGGAACAGACAGAGGAGAAGAUUCCACCAAAGCAGUUCAAACGAGAAAUGCCGAGUUCAGAACUGACCAAUGGGAGCGCGGAGGAGUCCAAGCCUGGCCAAUCAGAGAGCGAGGAGAGGGCGUUUGUGAUGAACCUCUACCAGUUUAUGAAGGAAAGAGGCACGCCUAUCGAGAGAAUACCUCACCUCGGCUUUAAACAGAUUAACCUGUGGAAAAUCUACAAGGCUGUGGAGAUACUUGGAGGCUAUGAGUCGGUGACGACCCGGCGCUUGUGGAAGAACGUGUAUGACGAGCUGGGCGGUAGUCCGGGCAGCACCAGCGCCGCCACCUGCACUCGCAGACAUUACGAAAGGUUAGUUCUACCCUACGAGAGGCAUCGGAGGGGAGAGGAAGACAAGCCACUUCCUCCGUCGAAACCUCGUAAACAGUACAAGAGGAGCGAGGAGGGCAAGGGCAAAUCCGAGAGCAAGAAGAGACGGAGGACGGACGGAGACGACCCAGAGGAAAUUCUGAGAGGCAGUCAUCCCUGUGAGAGAGGAGUGUGUUCUCACUCCGGAGCGUGGCCGGUUUCCUCAGAGCAUCCGGACGGUGACCAGGUCUCAUCUCAAGACAUGUGUCUCAGAGAGAAGCCUCUUCUUCAGCCGCUAGUCCCCGCCCUUGUCAUGUCCCCUCUGGAGAAGAAGAAGCGUCUGGCGCAGGCGAGCUUGAGCGUAACGCCUCCUGCUGGCCUGGAGGACGUCACAGAGCCUGAGAGACCCUCUGUGAUUCAUCUGUCACAUUCGUCCACACCUUCUGGACGCGUAAGCCACACCUCUGACGGCUCACCCCUGCCUCUGUCCUCCCCGUCCUCCUCACGGAGCCCCUCCCCUUUCUCCGUUUCCUCCGAGGACUGUGUCGCCGUUCCGACCCAGAAGACGACAGCUCCGGAAGCAGAGAAGCAGAAGCAAGCACGUUUUGGAGCUUCGCCUGAAUCCGGAGUGCACGUACCCUUCGUCCGUUACCCCUGCCCCAAAGACGCGUCCCCUCUGUUACGCCCAAAUCACCACAACUUCCUGAACUUCACGUCUACACAUCCGGACAAAACCCAGAGACACCCAGCGCUCCGGACACCCGUCCCCACGUCUCUAAGCUCGGCCUGCUGGGUGCCGUCUGCCUCAAGCUUCUCCAAGGUCGUCCCUCGCUCCCGUGAUCCCUGGAGGCCCGUAUCCUUACAGCCGUUUUACAAACCCCACGCUCCGAAUUCCAAGAGGCCAAAUAGCGCCGAGACAUUGGUGAAGAAGCUCCCGUCUCCCGUACGCUUCCCAGACCGAAAGGACAAAUCCAAGAUGGUGGUUCCCAAGCCGACCCAACAGUACCUUGUGCACCAAACUGGAUUGCCCACCUUGCCAUACCUGCUGUCAGGUUUCAACCGGCCCAGAGCGGAUGCGCUGGAACAGAUGAAAGCUUUACCCCAUCAGCCUUUCUUCUUCCCUGCUCAUGUCAACAUUCCUCCAUCCCAGACACAUCCCACACAUCCCCUGCAGGGUCCCUUCCUCGGGCCGUAUGAGGCCACGUUUCGUCCGUACCCGUACUCGGUGCCGGUCUGGCAUCCGCCUGCCGGGUACAGCGUGGCAACACUGCAGCCAUAUUAAUCGCAAGGGACUGGGACUGUCACCCGUUUCGAGUGAUUGUAGCUCGAAGCGGUUCAUGGUCAAAAUAAUGUAGCUUAUGUUUGGCAUAAGGAAAUCUCACUGAUGUUAUCCAUGAAGGUACUUUCAGAUAGUCACUCAAUAUCAAUAUCAACAUUAUACUUCCACUAUGAUGACCUGAAUCUCUUGACAAAUGUUUUUUGUUGUUUUGUUUUUUCACUAUAUUUGUUCAGCACAACUUAAAAUCCAUAUGUAAUCUCCUCAGCAAGUCAUCAUUUCAGGCUCCUUGUACUGAAAUAUCUGUCGGUUUUGUCAGGUUGAAAUUAAAGGUAGCAUUUUCGAAGGGUAUCAGAAAAAAAAAAAUCUCUCUCUCUCUGAUGUUGUGAUGGAAAAGUCUCAUUUUAAAGCACUGACUAAGAAAAGCCGCUACUAAACUGUAAGAGACUAGAAGUAAUAAUAUAAAUCUUCUUUUUUUUAAAAAAAAAAAACAAAAACAAAAAAUCAAGUGUACUGGGAAUCCAUUACCUCGCACUACUGACUGAAUCCCUGUGUUUAAACUAUCACCAAUGAAGUAAUGUGUUUGUUAACAUGUAUAUAUAUAUUUUUGCUGUGUAUAUAAUAUUUUAUUUUCGAUUAAACAAAUUUUGCUUUGUUUAAAAUUCCUCUCAGGUUUGACAAAGGUGUUGUACUGUAUAGGGCACUGAAACUGGGCUGAACUAUUUUGUUACACAUUAAAUGGAAGCAAUCUAAGUCAAAAUGAUUGACAAUGUAGGAACAGUGUUCCAAAAGGCAAAACUUGCACCAACUGCUAUUGCUUUGCGGAUGUUUGACACCCACUGCUUGGCUGAUUAUGCUGCAAGGGCAUCGAAAAAAAACUGUAUAGAGAUUUUGCAGUUGUUUUUAUGUUGUAGCGCCCCCUUCUGGCCAAAGUGCUGACUCUGAGUCUCUCUCUUUCUCUCUUAUUGAACCUGAGAGUCAUAAAUAAUAAUAAAAAAUUGUAUUAAUACUGCAGUAAAUUAUACUUUUUUGAUUAUCCUUAAAGUAUUGACUGUCUACACAUGAAGGGAAAAUGUUGUGUGUGUUUUUUUUUUUUUUUUUAAAUCAUAUUCUAAUGAAUCAUGUACGCUUUUGUGUCAUGAGAUGUUCGACAAUGUCACACACAACCUUAAUCAUGGCUUCAAUAAAUAUUUGAAAAUA